AUGGAUAAUGACAAUGGCGAUGUGGAUGACCUGGGAUCAGGGUGGUUUGAAGUGAAAAAGAAGCAUCGGUCCAGCUCAAAAUACACAUUGCAGAGGUCUUCAGGUGGUUCCAGCCAUAAAAUUCCAAACUUACCAUCACGGUCACGUGCUAACUGUAACAGUGACAGUUCAAGGUGGCAUGACAAGCUGCAAUACCCACCUCCGAGCAUAAAUGCUAAUGUUGGUGUUGAUGAAUCUGGUAGUGGAGAAGCAACAAAUGUUGGUGAAGGAUGCAAUGAUUUAGGCACCAGUGUCAGUGGCCUGAAUAGUGGCUUAAAUGCUUCAGCCUCAGAGGAUAUAGUUGAAAGACCUGAAGAACUGGUGGUGGCUGAAGAAACAAGUGAACCUCCCAAAACUGAUCUGGCUGAUCAUGUAGAUCCUUCACUGCCUCAUGAACCCACCACCGGUUCAGACAGUCCUGCAAAACGUGCUCAGCAUGUAAAAUGUUAUCCCAAAACAGAGUCAGUAGGUGUUUUGUCCAAUACUCCUGUCAAGUUUGGAGACUUUGAUGAAGUUCCAGGUCUAUCAUUACCUUCAGAUUCAUUCAGAGAUAAUAAUUCUUCUAGAGGCCACAGACAUAGUGAAGAUGUUGCACAUCUAAAAAAUGUGCAAAAAGAUGCAAGUGAACUCAAAGUGGAGAUGGACACUUGUACUACAACUACGAUUGAUGAGGCAUCUCCGAUUAUGGUACAGGGAACAGAGACACCCAAUGAUGAUAAGAGUAUUUCAAAUGUUAAUGGUUCAAUAGCCUCAGCUGACUCUGUUUCCUUAUCCUGCUCCAAUAAUGAUCAUGAAGUUCCAGUUACAUCUUCCAUGGAAGGUAGAACAUUACUUCAUGACCAAGCACCAGUUUCUGCUUCUGCAGAUUUUGGAUCUGAAAGUGCUGAGAGCAAAGAAAGAUUCAGGCAGAGGCUAUGGUGUUUUCUUUUUGAGAAUCUGAAUAGGGCUGUUGAUGAACUUUACCUCCUCUGUGAACUAGAAUGUGACAUGGAACAGAUUAAUGAAUCCAUACUUGUCCUUGAAGAAGCUAUUUCCGAUUUUCAAGAACUUAAAUCCAGAGCAGAGCAUUUUGAUAAUACCAAAAAAUCUCCUGGUGUACCAAAGGAGGGCAUGCCAAUGGCUGUGAAAGCUGACCAUAGGAGACCUCAUGCCUUGUCUUGGGAGGUCAGAAGGAUGACAAGUUCUCCACACAGGCAAGAAAUACUGUCUUCAUCUCUAGAGGCCUUCCAGAGAAUCCAAUUGGAACUGGCAUGCAAGCAGGCUGGUAUAACAGCAGAGAGAUUUACAUCCAGCUCUUCUGAAGAAGUUUUGGGUAGCUCGUCAAAGCUGACUACAGCAUCAGCAACUGUUAGGAAUAUAAGUUUGAAAGUUGAGAGUCAGGUGAAACUUCCUGAUACUAGUGAGAAAAAGAUUGCUGGCGAGAAGCAAAGUAGGGAUGCAUUCAAGUCUGGUAAAUCAUAUCCACAAAGUAUGCCUUCCUAUUCUGCAAGGAGUAGAAGAGGGUCACUAGAACCAAUCUCUGAAAUAGAGAAACACACCUUUAAGAAGGACAGGGAGUUGCCAGAAAACAAAUUUGACAGGCUCAAGUCAACUGAUGUUGUUAAAAAGAGUACAGUUCAUCUUGAAAAGGAAAAACAAAUUACAGCACCUUGGAAGUCCAUGGAUGCCUGGAAGGAGAAAAGAAACUGGGAAGAUAUACUGAAAUCUCCUGUACGGAGUUCUCGUGUUUCUCAUUCUCCUGGUGUUGGAAGAAAAGUUACAGAUCGUGCUCGUGUUCUACAUGACAAGUUGAUGUCUCCUGAAAAGAAAAAAAGAAGUGCUUUGGAUAUGAAAAAAGAAGCAGAAGAAAAGCAUGCACGAGCGCUGCGAAUCAGGAGUCAACUAGAGAGCGAGAGGGUUCAGAGGCUACAGCGUACCUCUGAAAAGUUGCAUCGUGUCAAUGAGUGGCAGGCUGUGCGCAGCUCAAAACUGCGAGAAGUAAUGAAUGCACGCCAUCAACGUGGCGAAUCUCGUCACGAAGCAUAUCUUGCUCAGGUUGCAAAAAGAGCUGGUGAUGAGAGUACUAAGGUCAAUGAGGUCCGUUUUAUUACAUCACUGAAUGAAGAAAACAAGAAAUUCUUGCUGAGGCAGAAACUUCAUGAUUCUGAAAUGCGGAGAGCUGAAAAGCUACAGGUGAUCAAAACAAAGCAAAAGGAGGACACUGCAAGGGAAGAAGCUGUUUUGGAACGAAGAAAGUUCCUGGAAGCUGAGAAGAUGCAGCGCCUUGCUGAAAUACAGCGCAAGAAAGAAGAAGCUAUUUUCAGAAGAGAAGAGGAGCGCAAAGCAUCUAGUGCUGCACGAGAAGCAAGGGCUGCAGAACAACAACGUCGAAAAGAGAUAAGAGCAAAAGCGCAACAAGAGGAAGCUGAACUUUUAGCCCAAAAGUUAGCUGAAAAGCUUCGUGAAAGUGAGCAGCGGCGCAAGUAUUACCUAGAACAAAUACGGGAGCGAGCCUCAAUGGAUCUUAGGGAUCAGCCUUCACCUUUUCAGCGUCGCUUUCCAAGUAAAGAUGGCCAAAACCGUUCUAGUUCUGCUAACAGCGGAGAAGAUUCACAUACAACUGGCAAUUCCAGCGCUGCAGAUUCUAUGGCUAAGUCAUCAAAUAAUGUGCAGACAAAACGAAGGAUUAAAAAGAUUCGCCAGAGAUUAAUGGCUCUAAAGCAUGAAUUUAUUGAACCAUCCAUAGGUGAAAGUACAGGAAUCACGCACAGGGCUGCUCUUGGAGCUGCCAAAGCUAAGUUAAGUAGAUGGCUUCAAGACCUUCAGAGACUUCGCCAAGCUAGAAAAGAAGGUGCUGCCAGUAUUGGUUUGAUUGUCAAUGACAUAACAAAGUAUUUAGAAGGGAAGGAUCUUGAGCUGCAUGCAUCAAGACAAGUUGGUUUGCUUGACUUCAUUGCAUCCGCAUUACCUGCAUCACAUACUUCAAAGCCUGGAGCUUGUCAAGUCACUGUCUACCUUUUGCGCCUGUUGAGAGUGUUGCUCUCACUUCCAGCUAAUCGAACUUAUUUUCUAGUACAAAAUCUUUUACCCCCAAUUAUUCCCAUGCUAUCAGCAUCACUGGAGAAUUAUAUUAAGGUGGCAGCAUCCAACUCUGGAAGUUCAAAUCUUCUGUCUAAUAAAACAUCAAUUGAGAAUACAGAGUCAUCAGGUGAAGUGUUAGAUGGAUUUUUAUGGACUGUGACCAUGAUCGUUGGCCAUGUACACAUCAAUGAUGAACAACUUCAAAUGCAGGGAGGUUUGAUAGAACUGAUUGUAGCUUAUCAAAUAAUACAUCGUCUGAGAGAUCUGUUUGCCCUUUAUGAUAGGCCACAGGUUGAAGGAUCCCCACUCCCAUCAUCUAUACUGUUUGGUCUCAACCUUUUGUCUGUCUUAACAUCGAAACCCGGAAAUUUCUCUACUAUUGAUUGGGAGUCCUGCAAAUGCAGGACACUAGGUGGAAAUAUAGUGCAAGAAUAUGAAUAUCUUAGUUCACAGGACAGUGUGGGGUGCCAAUCAUUGACACUUGAUCAAUCUGGUGAUGCCAAAUCGCCAACCAUAUACAGUGAACUGGCUGAAGAUAGCAAAUCCUGUAGACAACAUGACUUCAGCAUUCCAGUGGACAGAAAAUUGGUUGAUGAAGCUAGUAAAGACUUAUUAGUGAUCUCUGCUGGCCUGAACAACUCAGCAAUGCAACCGUCUGAUUUGGGCGUUACUACAGAGAAGCAUUCUGAAAGUCCUAGCCAGGGAGAUGAAAAUAGCACAGUGGACAGUUUUCUUGAAGGAAGAAAGGUGAAUAAUGUAUGUGCAUUGUAUAAUAGUCCUGGAAAAGGCAAUGAAACGAAUCUUAAGCAGCCUGUAAUGCUCUUACUUUCUGCACUGGCUGAGACUGGCCUUGUUAGUCUACCAUCACUUUUGACUGCUGUGUUGCUCCAGGCAAACAACAACAGGUCAUCAUCGGAACAGACAUUGGCGAUUCUUCCGUCAAAUUUUGAAGAAGUAGCCACUGGCGUAUUGAAAGUUUUGAAUAAUGUGGCGCGUUUGGAUAUAACCCUUUUGCAGCACAUGCUGGCUAGAUCAGAUCUAAAGAUGGAGUUCUUCCAUUUAAUCAGCUUCCUUCUGAGUCAUUGCAUGAACAAAUGGAGAGUGCCAAACGAUCAGGUUGGUUUGCUGCUUCUAGAGUCACUGCUACUUCUUGGCUACUUUUCUUUGUUCCAUGCUGGGAACCAAGCUGUUCUUCGGUGGGGAAAGAGUCCCACCAUACUUCACAAGGUGUGCGACCUGCCAUUUGUUUUCUUCAGCGACCCCGAGUUGAUGCCCAUCUUGGCUGCUGCUCUGAUCGCCGUUUGCUAUGGUUGCGAUCAGAACCGAAGUGUUGUACAACAGGAAAUAAGCACGGAUAUGCUACGUUGCUUGCUCAAGUCCUGCCAAACUUCUGGAUCAAAUUCUCCAGAUUCCACUGCUGUGGAUGAUUCUGGAAACAAUUCCAAUGAAAGCAUUCUGGAGAUCAGGAACUCACAAGGUGACAUCCCAAAAAGGUCAAGCCGCAAAAUUGGACGGCCAGUUGUUGGGAAGGGUAUUUCAGGGGGCAUCAGGUUCAACAGAAAUAAGGUUCAAAAGGAUGGUAGGGGAACAAGAGCAGUUGACGAUGGGCCUCUGAAGCAAAGAGCUCAAGAAGCUUCAUCGAGCUUCAUGUUGCAUAGAAAGAUCCCAGCUUCUUUCUUGGACAGAGCCGAGUUCUUCUUCUGCAGUGAGACAUGA